GGGUGGACUUUAGGAUAUUUUUGACUAACAUCUGCAUAAAUCGUUCUAGUGUCAGUGUUUCCCGGUGUACAAACUUAUUGAGAAACAGAAAACUGUUGUUGAGAUGAUGUGUCCGGAGCCGUAAAAUCCUCACCUCAUUGGAUGCUCUGGAACCUCAUUUGUUUGGGACGGUUUGGAUGUUCUCCUGAUGUAAAAAUAAGUAACUUGCUGACGUUUUCAUAGUUACUGGAUCCAUAGACUGUUUUGAUCAUCAAACAAACAUGUCACGAUGAUGCUGGCUGUUGUGGUAGAUGUUUAAAGCUGAUGUCAGGUGAUCCGUCACAUAAGUUUUUCUAACUGUCAGUAGAAAUAUUCUGCUUUCUGCUCUAGAGAUAAUGGACAUUUGAAACCGGAUUUGUUAUUUUGCUGUCACCAUAAUGCUCAUAAUGUAUCUUUGGCGAUGUUUUUGCUGUCUACCUUUGAUUUGUGGAUGAUACACUUCAGUUAAAUACAAAACUUCACCCUUUGUCAUCAUGGCUCAAACCGGCUACUCCAUUAAUUCCACAGCAGAUGACCAAUACAGCGACACAACACCACUUUUGAAAAAAGAAGUGGAAAUAAUCCCAGGACCAGUGCCUCCCAAAUGUUGCUCUGUACGAUGCAAUCUGGCUGCUAUGAUGUUCUUUGGCUUUGCCGUGGUCUAUGGCCUGCGUGUAAAUCUCAGUGUUGCCAUGGUUGCCAUGGUUAAUGGAACCAGUAACCAGUCAUCUCCCAGUAGCAAUUUUUCAAAUGAGUGUCCAGUACCCCGCCAUACACUUGACAACAGCAGCCAAAGUUCAGAACAGCCAGAUGGGGUUCCAAAAUACGCAUGGACUCCCGAGACACAGGGAUGGGUGCUGAGUGCUUUCUUUUUUGGAUAUCUGUUUACUCAGAUCCCGGGAGGCUACCUGUCCGGACGCUUCGGCGGAAAGAUCUUUCUUGGUGGAGGUGUACUUGGAACAGCAGCCCUUACUCUUCUGACACCACUGUCAGCACAGUUUGGAGCCAAAUGGCUUUUUGCCUUACGUGCUUUGGAAGGCUUUGGGGAGGGCGUGACAUUCCCUGCCAUGAUGGCUAUGUGGGCCCGCUGGGCUCCGCCAUUGGAGAGAGCUCGUCUCAUGACAUUCUCUAGUGCUGGAUCUAGCUUUGGUGCCUUUGUGGCUCUUCCUCUCACUGGUUUCAUCUGCCAAAGACUGGGAUGGCCAGCAGUCUUCUACUCAUGUGGUGCUGUCGGUUGCCUUUGGGCUUUGUUUUGGUUUUUGCUGGUGUCAGAUGAACCCAGAGCUCAUCCACGAAUUAGUGACCAAGAGAAAGAUUACAUUAUAAACUCAGUAGGAGCACAGGGAACAGCACAUGGUUGGUCAGUUCCUGUAGGAUCUAUGGCCGUCUCGCUGCCCCUUUGGUCCAUUAUCAUGUCUCAGAUGUGUUCCAACUGGUCGUAUUACACUCUGCUCACCUCCCUUCCUAUUUACAUGGACACCAUUCUCCACUUUGAUUUACAGCAGAACUCGUUGCUCUCUGCUCUGCCCUAUCUGGGUGGCUGGCUCUUCGCAGUGGGGUCAGGUGUGCUGGCAGACAACCUUCUGGAGAGGGAGCUCCUGAGUGUCACAGCUGUCCGAAAGAUCUUCACUUUCAUUGGUCUGUUUUUGCCCGCACUUUUCCUGGUUGCUGUGGGUUUCUCUGGCUGCAGUGGUGCUCUUGCAGUGAUGUUUCUCACUACGUCCAGCACACUCGGGGGUGUCAGUGCUGCUGGUGUCUACAUUAACCAGAUUGAUAUUGCUCCACGAUAUGCAGGUAUGCUUCUAGGGAUCACAAACACGUUUGGGACCAUCCCUGGUGUUCUUGCACCAAUCGUAGUGGGGUACUUGACCAAAGAUCACUCGGUUACGGGGUGGAGACAUGUGUUCUGGUUGUCUGGAGCAGUGAGUGCUUUCGGAGCCAUCUUCUAUGUGAUCUUUGGUACUGGAAAGAUUCAGAGCUGGGCGAGGAUAGAUCAGGAAUCAGAGACACAUAUACACAGUUAAAUGUUAGACAUUCAAGAUUCAAUAAGGAAUCUGCCUUAUUUGAUAAACAUAUUUAAUUAUAUUCCACGCACUUUUCAAGUAUUCAGGUAUUCUGUUUAACUCAGGGCUUUUAAGGAAGGGAUUUUAGGUGCUUUACACAGAGAGUUGUUUACUACUGUGGUAGUAUUCUACUCAUUGCUAAACAACUCAGAGUUGGUCACAUAAUAAUACAAUGGAAUUGACAAAUUCCAGUUUCUUAAUUGUUCUCAUAUCUUGUUCUACAAGGUAUACUUUUGUUUUGAAGCUAUCUUUUAAACAGCUUAAAUAUAUAUAAUCACGAUUAACAGAAAUGUAUCACAAAUGUGCAAUUUUAACAGAUUUGUGAGUUUCAAACAUAUUUUACUACAUUGGGAAAUAGUUGGAUGUCAGUUCUGCAAUAACAGUGUGUUUUUUAUUGGUGCCUACUGUAUGUAAGGGAUAAUGUACAGGCAGGCAGCCGGUUGUUAUCAUAGAAAUAAGCCCCGACAGUGUGAUCAGGCUGCUUGUACAUUACUAAUUUUUACCGAAUGCAGACCUGCGAGGAAAAGCCGUUUACCUUCGGUUUAUGGUAAAAAACUAAGUUUAAAUGUCAUGAACAGGCAAUUUGGUUUAAUUAUUUGUAAAUAAAAUGUCAUAUAUGUUAUUAAAAUACAUAUUUAUAUUUAAUUUGUCAAAAAAAAUUGAAAAGGCAUAAAUGUACUGUAUUAAUUGUGUUGGUUCAUGCAGCAAUGAGUACAUUUCAUUCUUUUGAAAACCACAGUCUGUUAUUGAUUUACUAAAAUCUGGUAAAUACUUACUGGAGUUUUUUGCACAUUGAUUUUUCUUUUUUUUUAAGAGUCUGUUAGAAAGGGAACCGUAAUAUGUUUUAAAUGCUUAUUUCUUUAUAAAGGUUUUAUUGAAUUUUAAUCAAAAUUAAUCUGGUUUUAAUAUUGAAAAUUGAAUUUUCCUUGAUGUAUAAAUUAUUGCCUCAUUUGGCCAGCACUUUUUAAACUAAUAACAUAAAUAUAUCAAAAUGCUUUAAAUGCACAUUAUUUUUUAUAAAUCACAUAUUUUUUAAUCACGUUCAAUAAAUGUGUGGUAACUGUUGAUUGUAAACAGUGUCAUUUUGCUAAUAAAUGCUCGCC